GGCCCCAGCCUGGAUAGGGGUGAGGACAGGGUAUAUGAAGCCCAUAGCAAAGCCUGUCUCUGCUCCCAGGACCAGCCAUGAAGCUCACCGCUGCCUUCCUGGUGCUCUGCGUGGCUCUGCUCGGCCACCCCGCCGCCACUCUCUUCCUGAACUCUAUGGCCAAGCCUGUGGCCUCCGCUUCGCGUGCCCUCAACACUGCUGCAGAGGCUGGGGCAGCAGCCGUGGCCGGGGCAGGAGCCGUGGCCGGGGCAGGAGCCAGGGGCCCCCCCUUCCUCGGAGGCUUCAACCCCCUGAAGUUUAUGCUGACCAUCCUGGGGAUCCCAGUGGAGCAUCUCGUGGAGGGUUCCAGGAAGUGCGUGGCCGAGCUGGGCCCUGAGGCCAUGGAGGCCAUGGGGGCCGUGAAGGCGCUGCUGGGGGCCCUGACGUACAUUGGCUGAGCCCAGGCCGGAGUGUCGCUGCCGGAGGACAAGAUGCUGCCACC